AGACGAUUUUAUUUAGAGAUUAAUGUCUAUACACUAACAACGGGUGGGAGAAACCUUUAUUACAAGACUUGGAUGUCCAUCAGUCACCAUCACCAAGACAGAACCCAUUUGGAAGGUGGUGUGUAGUUCAACAAGACUAGCACAAAUCAUCAGAGACCGGCCAUGCCUUUAUCCUUUAGUCUAUCCCACCUUUCCCCCAUUUCCUUCAUUCACCUGUUCCUCCCACUUGUCCUCCUCCUUUCUUUCUCCAUCCCUUCUGAAGCUGAUGAUGCACCCCAAAUCCCCUCCAACUGUUCCCAAAGUGAAGUUUGUGCAGAUGGGAUCCUUUUGCCUGUUUGGAAUCCCCAGAAUCCUUCAGUUGCUGACAAAGUAGCCCGUGCCAUUGUGUACCUGGUGGCACUUGUCUACAUGUUCUUAGGCAUGUCGAUCAUUGCUGACCGCUUCAUGACUGCUAUUGAAGUUAUAACUUCUCAAGAAAAGGAGAUCAUUACAAAGAGACCAAAUGGGGAAACGUUCACAACUACAGUGCGUAUUUGGAACGAGACUGUCUCCAAUCUAACCCUCAUGGCUUUGGGUUCCUCGGCACCUGAGAUCUUGCUUUCAGUCAUAGAGGUCUGUGGACAUCAGUUUGAAGCUGGAUCUCUUGGUCCCAGCACCAUCGUGGGCAGUGCUGCCUUCAACAUGUUUGUUAUCAUUGCCAUCUGUGUCUAUGUUGUACCUGAGGGUGAAACACGCAAGGUCAAACAUCUUCGAGUUUUUUUCGUGACGGCGGCGUGGAGCAUAUUCGCUUACAUCUGGCUCUAUCUCAUCCUCGCUGUGUUUUCACCUGGUGAGGUGGAAGUGUGGGAGGCAGUGUUGACAUUCCUCUUCUUCCCUCUCUGCGUGGUCCAGGCCUGGAUAGCUGACCGUCGUUUGCUUAUUUACAAGUAUGUCCGCAAACGUUACAGAGCCGAUAAGGGUCGUGGAAUCAUUGUUUCCGAGGCCGCGGAGGAGCUUGGCAAAGACGAGGGAUUUACGAAGAUGGACAUGCUGGAAAUUGAUGUAAUGGCGACACAUCUGAAUGGAGUCCAUGGCGUGGAAGGUGGUCAUGGUGGACGGGACCAAGAAGAGGAGGCCAGGAGAGAAAUGGCAAGAACUCUGAAGGAACUGAAGCAGAGACAUCCUGACAAGGACAUGGAGCAGCUCAUAGAAAUGGCCAAUUAUCAGGUCUUGGUACAGCAGCAAAAGAGCAGAGCUUUCUACCGCAUUCAGGCGACCAGAAUGAUGAUUGGUGCUGGGAAUAUCUUAAAAAAACAUGCAGCAGAUCAGGCCCGUAAGGUGGUCAGCAGUGGGGAAACACGAGAGCAGAUGUACGAACCACACAUUACACAAAUUGAGUUUGAACCGGCGCUCUACCAGUGCUUUGAGAAUUGUGGGUCUUUAAAACUGACUGUGCAAAGGCAUGGAGGUGAUGCUGGAUGUACUGUCAAGGUUGACUACCACACAGAAGAUGGCACCGCUAAUGCUGGCUCUGACUACGAAUUUGCUGAGGGAACAUUGGUCUUCAAACCUGGCGAGAACCUUAAAGAGGUAACUGUUGGUAUUAUUGAUGAUGACAUCUUUGAGGAAGAUGAAUACUUCUAUGUCCGCCUGAGCAAUCCCCGCAUAGUCGGUUGGGCUGAUGGACAUCCUAUUGCUUUGGAGACCGGAGCACCUCCCCCAAUCGCAGCCCUCGGUGAGGCUCACACAGCGACUGUGACCAUCUACGAUGACGAUCAUGCAGGAAUCUUUACAUUCGAGAGUGAAUCAAUGCGGGUUAGCGAAAGCAUUGGAAUCAUGCAGGUGAAGGUCCAGAGGACAUCUGGAGCACGUGGCCUGGUGGCGGUACCGUACCACACAGUGGAUGGAACUGCUUGUGGAGGGGAUGACUAUGAGGAAGUGUCUGGAAAACUGGAGUUCCAAAAUGACGAGACUAUGAAGACUAUUGAGGUGAAGAUUAUAGAUGAUGAAGAGUAUGAAAAGAACAAGACAUUCAGCAUUGAGUUAGGAGAGCCAGUGUUACUGGAGAUUGGACAGAAACAUGGAGACUCUAAUGAGAAUAGACCUGAGGUUGGGGCUGAGGAAGAGGAAGUGGCUAAGAUGGGAUGUCCCAGUCUGGGAGAACAUACCAGGCUGGAGGUGGUGAUUGAAGAGUCCUAUGAGUUUAAGAGUACUGUGGAUAAGCUCAUUAAGAAGACUAACCUGGCUCUGGUUGUGGGCAGCAGUAGCUGGAGAGAGCAGUUUGUUAGUGCUGUUACUGUGAGUGCAGGUGAUGAUGACGAAGAGAGUGGUGAGGAGCGUCUUCCGUCCUGCUUUGAUUACAUUAUGCACUUCCUCACAGUCUUCUGGAAGGUUCUAUUUGCCUUCGUCCCACCCACAGAGUACUGGAAUGGAUGGGCCUGCUUCAUUGUGUCUAUCUGUCUGAUUGGUGUGUUGACGGCAGUCACGGGCGAUCUCGCUUGUCACUUUGGUUGCACUGUUGGCCUGAAGGAUUCAGUCACCGCUGUAGUGUUUGUGGCCUUGGGGACCUCUGUCCCAGACACUUUUGCCAGUAAGGUUGCUGCCAUCCAAGACCAAUAUGCUGAUGCCUCCAUUGGCAAUGUGACGGGCAGCAACGCUGUUAAUGUUUUUCUGGGCAUCGGUGUGGCGUGGACCAUAGCUGCUGUAUACUGGCGCACUAAGGGCCAACCGUUCCUUGUUGAUCCAGGCUCUCUGGCCUUCUCUGUCACACUCUUCACUGCCUUGGCUGUGGUGUGUGUCAGCGUGCUGUUGUAUCGUCGGCGCCCCUCAGCUGCAGGAGGAGAGCUCGGCGGUCCACGGACUUGCAAGAUAUUGACAUCCAUACUCUUUAUUUCCCUAUGGCUGAUCUACAUCCUGCUGUCCUCACUGGAAGCAUACUGCCAUAUUACUGGAUUCUGAGAAACAGAACAGAAUAAAUAAAGUAGCAUUGUAAUAUCUCAGCUUAGAGGAAAAUGAAAGUGGUCAGUGAAAGAGCUAUUUUUAUUAGUAUUUAUUAAAUAUUUAUCCUGUUACCUUUUAAUAAGUUAGAUUUUGUAAUUUUCCAUUGUCUUCUAGGGAUAGUUAACUUAAAAAUGAAGAUUCUUUUAUUAAUUGCUUACCCUCUUGAUGUUCCAAACUUGUACCUGUAUGACUUUUUUCUUUGCUUGGAACACAAAAGGACACUGGUCACUCUCUUCCUUGAGACUGCAUCUCAAGCUUUCAAGCAUCAAAAAUCACAUGAAAGUACAAUGGACACUUUUCCCAAACCUGUGAUGACAUGUUUCAGCCUAAUUUAGUAGUGUAAAUCUAGCAAACUUUUUUUAUUUGAAAAUUUUGAAUAAUUUAGUGCUAUAUAACAUUGUUAUAAUAUUGUACUUUGUAUAAAAUUACCCUGGAAUUAGUUUUUAAAAAGCGAGUUACCACAGGUGCGAUAAGGUUUCAAAUACAGCUGAUAAGAGAGUGACAGUACAUUUCCAACGCUCUCUACAUUUUUUUUUUGAUGUUGGAGUAAAUAGAUAAGCAAAAAUUGCAUUUGCCUUGGUCUCCCCAUUCACUACCAUUCCCCGCUAUCAAGGUUUACCCUGCAAUCGUUUACUUCCGCGUUCCGUGUGAAAAGGGUCCAUGGAAAGUAAAAUUAAAGUGGUCCAUAUGACUUGUGCACUAUAUUCAAACUCAUGAAGUCAUACUAUAGCUUUGUUUAAGGAACAGAAUGAAAUUUGAGUAUUUAUUCACUGAUAAUGUUCCAGUGAGCUGUUAUCUCGAGAUUUAGUCACGAUUUGUGAACGAAUCAUUCAGACCAGGAUCAACCGAUUAAUUGAAAAGAUGGCUACUUUACCCAUGAACUUUAAUAAAGGUUUAAAUUACUCCUGUUGUUUGAUGAAAAAAAAGACAUACGAGUUGGGAACAACAUGAGGCUGAGUAAAAUAUGACAGAAUUUUCAUUUUUGAGGGAAUUUUCCAGUAUCUUGUCACUUCUUGUCCCUCUUGCCUUACACUUGUACCCGUAACUCAGUGGUGUCUUACAUUUAUCCAGGCCAGUAACCAAUGAUUCCUGUCUUAUUCAUACUCCUGUUUGAGCCAAUCCCAGCCUUCGGUUAUAGAAUGAAGGGUUUAAUUUUUUGGACUGUUUUUUUUUUUUUAAAUGUUAUUUGUCAGUAUUGCUCUCAUGUAUGUGUAAUGAUAAUAUUUAUAAUGCUAUUUAACUGAACAGAAUGACCAAACAAACUAAAGCGUGGACUAUAGCAACAGGAUGGAUUCACUAUUGCUUGUGGAAAAACAAAAGCAUGUUUAAGGACUAAAACGAAUCUGACAGAUGCUCUGAAAAGCAUGUUGAAUUCAUAACUAUUAAUUUUUAAUGAAGGAACUUAGCUGUUUUUUUAAAGUCAAACAGAAAA